AUGGCGACGUUUGUGGAGGAUACCAAAGGUGAGAAAAUGCUGGCACCUUCUAUUGAGGAUGUCAACGAGGAUCCCGAUGAGUUACGUAGUAUUCGAGGCCAAAGUAGAUACUUUGGUGAGACUGAGGAUGAUACGAUAAAGGAGCCUGAGGCCAAAUGCAGUAACUGUUCAGAGACGGGCCAUUUUAAGCGUGAUUGCCCCCAUGUAAUAUGCUCUUACUGCGGUGUGAUGGACGACCAUUACUCCCAACAGUGUCCAACCACCAUGAGAUGUGCUCUGUGUAAUGAAAGUGGGCACUAUAGGAUGCACUGUCCCUUGAAGUGGAAGAAACUUAACUGUACGCUUUGUAAUAGUCCAAAACAUCUGCGUAAUAGAUGUCCAAGUGUAUGGCGAGUCUACCUAUUGAAGAACGAGGAUAACAAAAGGAAAGUGCUGCCGAUGCACCAGAUCUAUUGCUAUAACUGUGGUGACAAGGGUCAUUACGGUGACGAAUGUGACAAGGCCAGGUCUUCUCGUGUGCCCAACGAUGACGGCAGUGCCUUCUCAGGAAAGAAUCUAUCCUCGGAACUCAGAGGUCAGUAUACACAUAACAUAGAUAGACAGAGGUCAAGUCAGGACAUGGUCUCGUCAGUGUACGAUAACCUACGCUCUUCGCAACCUAUUGCAUACCAGGUUGGAUCAGACCGCGGAUCUUUAUUGGAGGAUUCCGAUAAACAAACUGAUAGUAAUCGACCAUCCAGGUUCUCCAACACUAAAAUAGAUACCGCUAGAUUAUCAAAGACGCCCGCUAGGUAUGUACAAGACCGUAGUUCGAAGAAUAAAAGGAAGUUUAAGGACUCGUUAUAUGACGACGGAGAGGAUGACGAGGAUGAAGAGGAUCAACUCUACAAAGAGAACUCAAGGCAUGAUAAUCACAAAAGAUCAGACCGCCGGUCUAGAUACGGUAAUAAGAAAACGAACGGAAACUCAGGAUAUAACCAACAGCAAAGCCAUUUCUACAGACCACCAUACCAGGGAUACCAGUCUGCCUCUUACGAACAAUACCCAUCACAGAAUUCCGGUUACGAACAUCACAGUGGAAUACUGCCAACUAGAUCCGGAGUGAAUGUAGGAGCUACAAACACUGGCCAUUACCAGCAACAGUAUUACCAAAAUAACAGCAGCACGUACCCACCACAGAAUAUGAUCUACAACCAGCAGGUACCUAUGAGUGCAUAUGCUCCACCAGCACCCACACCUGUGAAACCCAGUAGGAGUGGUGUAAUUAAGCGUUACGAUGAGUAA